GAAAUGGAUCCGGACGGCAACAAAUCAGCAGCAGUACUACAAGAGAUUUCUCAGCGUCGAUUGCACAUUGGCGUCAUGAGACGAGAUUGGGACGAAGUCGUGCAGAUUUUCAAGGAGAAUCCAGAGAUUCACGCCACGAAGAUCAAUGAUAUGGACGACACUGCGUUGCACUCGGCGAUCACCAACGGGGCUUCAGAAACCAGCGUUAAGGAGCUCGUUGAUGAAAUAGUAACGACUAAGCAUAAUACCAUGGAGGCUCUCAGAGCUGGAAAUAAACGACAAGAUACUCCUUUGCACUGUGCAGCCUCACGAGGCUCGUCCUUCAUGUGUCGUCAGAUAUUACGUGUCGAUAAAUCAUUGGUUCGUGAGCGCAACAUUGACGGAGAGACACCGCUCUUCUUGGCUGCUUUAAACGGUCAUAAAGAGACGUUCCUUUAUCUCCACUCAGUUUGCAGAAACAUGGACACAGGGUCGUCAAUUCCCCUCUGGAAAAGAAAUAAUGGAGAUAGUAUACUUCACUGUACUAUUCACAGGAAAUACUUUGAUUUGUCAUUCCAAAUAAUUAACCUUUAUAAAGACCGAAGCAUUGGAAGCAGUUUCAAUGAUGAAGGACACAUACCUCUGAAUGUCCUUGCUUCUAUUCCAUCUGCUUUUAAAAGUGGAACGCGUCUAUCUUUAUGGAACAAGCUCCUUUACCACUUGAUUCAUGUAGAGAAGCUCAAGUUUGAUCCUCCCGUGGAGUCCCAUGUUGUAGACGUUGAAAAUACUGAAGCGCAAUAUCAGACCCAGUUCAUAAAAAGUGCAUAUUUUUGGUCCCAAGGCACCUGUCGAAAAAUUAAAGAGAAGCACGUUUGGGGUGAGCAACUCAUGGAAGAGCUUAUAAAACAAGAUGCAUGGUACAAGUAUAAGGAAAAUGCUAUGGAACUUCAGAAAAUUAUGAAGGAAAAACAUGACUUGAGUUAUGUGCCAUAUUAUCACCACAUGGAUAGGGAAGUGCAGAAAGGAAGAGUCAAAAGAUCAACAGCAUUGUUAAUUGCAGCUAAAAAUGGUCUGAUUGAGCUUGUGAACAAAAUCUUAACUGAUAUCCCGGUGUCUGCCUAUGACCAAACGACAGAGAUGAAGAAUGUAGUCCAUGUGGCAGUAGAGGAAAGGCAAAGCCGUGUUUUGAAGGCAGUGAUGAAACACCCACUUUGGAAUGUAUGGAGAGAAAAAGUAGAUGUGAAUGGGAAUAAUGCAUUGCACUUGGCAGCAAAACUGUCAAAAUAUACAGCUUGGGAAAUACGUGGCUCUGCUAUGCAAAUGCAAUGGGAAGUUAACUGGUUUGAGUAUGUAAAAGGAAAUGUGCCAUCAUACUUCAUUUCCCAAGUUAAUGUAAAUGGCCAGACUCCGGCGGAAAUCUUCGCCGACCAACACAAGGAUCUCGUUUCAGAAUCUGACAAAUGGGUGAAAGACACGUCAGGGUCUUAUAUUGUGGUGUCUACACUCAUUGCAGGUGUUUCAUUUUCCACAUGCUACCAAGUUCCUGGAGGUUAUGACACAUCUGGGAAACCCAACUUGGAAGUUCACCAUCCGUUCCAAAUAUUUACUACUGCCACGUUGAUUUCAUUUUGCUUCUCUAUCACUUCGUUGGCUGCUUUUCUGGCCAUUUUUGGCUCUCGAAAGGAACGACCAAAAGGGUUUCUGAGAAAUUUGCCAUUGAAGCUUUGCUUGGGCUUGUCUUCCUUCUUUGUGUCUAUUGUCUCAAUGUUGGUCUCUUUCUGUGCUGCAUAUUCCUUUGAACUUCACCCACGGAAGAAGUAUAUGCCGAGUCCUUUGUAUUGUCUCAUUUUGAUACCUCUGUGUUUUUAUACUGCCACUCAAGUUCCAUUAUACUGGGAACUUCUCAAAGCCUCUCUUAGAAAGUUGCCAAAGCCAAGAUGUGAAGAAGAAGACGACUAUGUAGGAGCGUAGCCUGUUCCUU